GAAGUUCCCACGCAGUCGAUUUGCACAUAAAGACGAAGCGGUUAAAAUUAAAGGGAGAGAAGAACCCACCCAGUGGGGAGAACCCCAUUCAGGUGAAAACGCCAAGGUGAGAUGUGGCACACUGGUUGGGAUGAGCAAACUACGAAAGAUAUACGAAAGGAGCGACGACUACCAUGUGCGUAGUGGUAAGCGGCAUGCUCCAUUCCACGGGGAUGAUGGUCACAUGGCUAAGACGGGAAAGGGCACCAAACAGGAGCACCAGUCAAACGGGGUUGCUCCGAUAAGCAGAUACGCCAUCGAAGGGGGGGAAGACCCUCCAGAUGUGAACCCCCCCAGUGGGAACAAACUUUGCCAAGUAAAGUACCUACGGCAAGUAAAAUUCCUGUGCCAAGCGAAGGGCUACGACCUCAAAAGAAUAAGCCUCAUGUUGAGUGCCAAAAGGGUAAAUCACGUUUUCCACGAUAGGGACACCAUCUUGUGUGCCUUUUUAACGCCAGAAAAAAGUGCCAAGUAUUUCUUCAGCUUUAAGGACCUAGGGAACGUGGCAAAUUUUAACUUGAUGAGAGACGUCACUCCUUCGGACGCAGAAUACAUCGUCUUCAUCUUUAUCAAUGGGUCGGUGGUCAUAUGGGACAACUUCCCGAACGGUGGCAGAAACGACGUGUUCAUUAAUAAGGUCAUCAUGUUUUUAAAUUCAUUCUCCGAUGAGUUGCUGCCCGUGCACGUGGUGCAGGAGGACACCAUGUAUUACCAUGAGUGGGGGGGGUUAGCGGCACCAUCCGAGGGGUUGGCAGCAGCGUCAGCGGGGGUAGAAGCACCAUCGGGGGGGUUAGAAGCACCAUCGGGGGGGUUAGAAGCACCGUCGGAUGGGUUAGCAGCACCGAUGAAGAGCUUCUCUCCAACUUCGGAUGGGUUAGCAGCACCGGUGACGAGCUCCCCCCCACCGUUGGAGGGCUUCCCCCUGAUCAGCGGGGGAGUGAUCCGCCUGCGCAGCGGCUCCCUGGAACAGAAGCUCACCGUGUCGUUCGCCCUCUCGCAGUCCAUUCGCCUCGACGUGCACGAAAUGCUCAUGGACAUCACCAUCAACAAGCUCUUCAUCGUAUCGAAGCAGAUUGCCAGUCGGGGCACCUGCACCAUGUCCAAUCAGGAGGUCUCCAGGAUGCUGGACGUUUACUCUAGCAUAAUUAACGUCAACGCGGUGCAGGACUUCCUCGACGUCCCGGAGUACUUCUGGAACAAAGUGCAGUACGAGCACGCGUGGUUCGAGAUCUACACCUACCUGGAGAUCCCCGAGCGGAUCGGAAUCCUGAACAAGCGGUACAACUACUACAAGGACUUCCUGAAGGCGAUAAAGACGGAGGUGUAUAACGAGAAGACGUUCCAGACCUACCGGGUGAUCGUCCUGCUGCUCUUCAUCCACGUGUGCGCGCUGAUCGUCAACGAUUUGUUCUUCGCCCAGUGA